CUCUUAAAUCAUAUUUCCUACGGACAUCAGAGAACAAUCUUGUGCCAACAUUGUCGGAAUUUAUUCGUUUGAACACUGACCUCGUAGCUAGGUCACCUCCGGAUUCAAAUAAAUCUGCAGCACUGCAAGGGUAUCGGGUCAGGUUACGCCCUGAACUGCAGAUACAGGUGGUCGAAGAUACAUCUGAUUGGUCUUGUGUCCUCGAGGAAAGAUUUAAGAUACAGAUUUCAAGUAGUCGUCGCGAAAAAACAUAUACGAUGUAUUCAAACGAGAAUGAACAUGUCGGGGAGCAACUGUUAGAAGACCAGAGAAAACGAACUAGAGAAGGUGAAACUAUAACUUCGGAUACGAAAAAAAGCAACGAAAAUGAUAGAAUUGAAAUUUCCGAUGAUUCUGAAAUUCUCGACGUGGAACCUUUGUCAGGCUGGGAAUUCGAUACACCGAUGCCAAGCUG